AAAUUAUCUGAUAAGGAUCAUGGCAGCAGCAGUCAAAUGGGGGACAUCAAACAGAACAAUCUGGAAACAUUUCUUUCCAGUUCAAAAUGGAGCUUUAUCUGGUGUCUGUCAUUGUUCUACAUAUUCUUCUCUUCUAGAGGACUACAACUGCAAGGUAGAGCUGGCUUUGACAUCUGAUGGCAGGACAAUAGUGUGCUACCACCCUUCUGUGGACAUCCCCUGCGAACACACCAAAAUCCAGAUACAGAGCUCUCAGCUCCUUCUGCUGCUGUCUGUUUGCUGCCAUGCUUCCCACCAUGAUGACAACGAACUAAACCUCUGAAAUUCCUAUCCCUCAACCAGAUAUUUUGCAUAAUAAUGAAGAAACAUAUGAACAAGUGCUGAAAACCAAAUUAGAAGAAAAAAACAAACUUGAGCAAGGACCCAUGUUAGAACAGCUCAGCAAGGUG